AUGUUUCUGAAGAGUAUGAAUCAGGGCGAUGGGAAUACACAGCUUGUGAAUGCUAUCAGCGGGAAGUGUAUUUCGACUAAUAUACAGUAUUUUAUUACUGUAGAGGAUUUGAAGCGGUUUAUUACGCAACAAUGGCUUAUUCCCAGAGAAGAGAUAUUUAUUCUUCUGCCGUAUGGGACUAAGUUUAAGAAGAGUAACUUCCAUGAUAUGGUCAGUGAGGCAAAAAAGGCUCAUGGUGGUGGUAAGAAGCCUUAUCGGAGGGAUAAUAUCAAUGAGCUUUACGUAUUUGAUAGAAGGUUGUUUGAUGGUGCGCAUGAGGAUGUACAGUCUUUGCUUGGUGUGACUGGAAGGCAUGACGAGAUGACGUUUGUGAAGCCUUUGGUUUCACCGUUAUUAGAUGUGGAGAUUAUGAAUGAGAACGAUGGGGAUUGUUGCUAUAGGAACGCGGUGAGUCUGCUCACGACUAACUUGGGGUGGUUGAGUGCACUAGAGAUCGAUGUACAUUAUUUCCAUGAUUUUUUAAGAGACUGGAUUGAGCAGUCUAAAAGUAUGGGCAAAUGUUUGUCGGUGGUAUUGCAGUAUUUGGAGUUGUAUUCCUUUGAUGUUGAGAAGAUUUACAACUCAAAUGUUGAGUUUGUGAACAAUAUACAUUCGCAUGGGGCAGCGAAUAGCUGGCGAUCGAGAUAUCGGGAUAGUUUAGAAAAGAUUGAUGCUGUAGGCAGAGAGGGGAAGUUAUCCCAGUUUCUUAGUUUCAAACGUUUGGUAGAGACUUCAGAAAAACUGAAGGAGCUGGACCAUACGCUUAACCAAAAGUUUAUCCAGUUUAGAAAAGUUCUAUCGGAUACUUAUGAAUCUAGAACAAGGAUAUCUCUUAAAAUUCAGGAAAUGAGCCAGAGAUAUCAUGAAGACCCUUCGAACUAUGAACUUGAAGAUCAGAUAUUAAGCAAUUUUAAGGAGUUGGCCCAAAGGGUUAAGGAUGACACACAUGCCGUUAUAGAUCAAGAUUUGGAAGAAUCAGAUCAACGGAUGGGCGAAUCACCACUAACCUUAAUCAAGGAGUUGAAGUCUUCUACAUUACCCACAAUAUAUACUAUUGCACUUUCUUUAUUCACUCAAGCAUCAAAGUGCAAUGAAUCAAAAUCAGCAUUAAAGCAUGAAAUGGUUGUACUCUUGGGUGAUAUUGCGAGUACUCAAGUCCAGAUUGUCAAUCUAAAAAAUUCACUACUUAAAGAUAUUACUAAAGGAACACAAAACUUGCAAUCUUUCGAAUUAGCACUAUCCAAAGUUGAUGACUUACCAAUUGUAUACGGACUAUAUUUGAUUGAAUUAUAUCGCAGAGAUAACUGGUUCGAUGAAGUUGAUAAAUAUUAUCGGGAUCACCACCAAGAGCUCCAGGGUAUCAUACAAAAAGAGAUGGCAUAUAGAGACAAAUGGCUUUCUGAUUUUUUAUCUUUCACAGAUAUAUUUAAAUGGGAUGAUGAUAAGCUACAGCUACCUAGUGUCUUCUUAAAGGGUUCAACUGGUGAAUCAAAAAAAAGGAUUAAAAUUACCAUAGAUAUGAUUGAAGAAUAUAUUUCUACCCUCUCCAAACAGAAUUUCAGCGAAGAUUCAUUAAAUUUGUUAAGAACGAAUUUGGAUGAAAUAUGUAAGAGUCCGAAUAUCUUGGGUAAUUUAGGUGCUUGUUUACCGUCGAGUAUUAAUUCAGAAGGGUCAUCACAAGAAUUAAUUAAAGGGUAUAAAAAUAGGAUCAAGAAAUUAGAAUCAUUACUACACAACACUCAUUUUUCUAACGUUAAUUCGUGGCCAAGUGGAAUUUUCAAUAAUAGUACUUUGAAUGCAUUUCAGAAUAAUAUUGCCAGCAUAAAUGAAAAGUUGAUGAUUAGCGAGUACAGAGAUAAAGAUUCGGCAUCCGCCAACAUAUCAAAGUCAGUUGAAAGAGAACUACAUGCGCAAGUAUAUGACUUACAGAAACAAUUAGAAACAGCAAAAGAAGAAAACAAGAGAAUCCAGCGGCAAUGGAAAUCUUCUAGAGCCAAAUUAUUGAAUGGUGAAGAUGAGAGAAAAGCUUAUAAAGAAACGUUGUCGAUGCUAAAUGCGGAGUUAUCAAAUUUAAUUUCCAAGCAAGAAAAUCAGAAGGCUGAGGUAAUGAAAUUAAACCAGGAAUUCAAAAUAAAGUUAGAGGUAAUUACAAAGGAUAAUAAUAGAUUAUUAAAUGAUGUGGAAUCAUGGAAGGGAAAAUAUAAUGGCUUAAAUAAUAUCAAGGAAGAUUUAUUAACUAAUUUGGCUACCAUGGAAAACAGAUUUGUGAAAGAACGGUCCAAAUUUGAUGAAGAAAUAGGAAAGCUACAGGGAGAUAUAGACGAACUCAACUCAAUCAAUCAAGAGGCCGUAGUAGGAUCUCCAACUGGUACAGAACUUGUACAGGAGGAAACGCUGAACGUUAAAAAUUUGAAAGAGGUCAACAAACGACUGGAAGCAGAUAUUUAUGAUAUAUUUGCUAGUACUGUGGUAAUUUUAGAAAAUAUUGGUUUAUUGCUUUCCCGUGACCAGGACUAUAACCUACAAAUAACCCGUGUGAAAGGGUUGAGAAAGAGAAUGGAUCAGAGUAUUGUAAAUGACAGUGCUUUAUUGAAUCCUUUAAUGGUUAAGAGUUCUGUUUUCCAGGAAAUGAAAGAUUUAUAUAACUCAAUAAAAACCAAUCAGAGAACAGAAGAUCACCAAAAAUUAGUUGCUUUCUUGGAACAAUUAUAUUCACAGAAAUUGUUUCAGUCCUCUGUUAUAAAACGUUUUACUGAUGUUGAAACCUUAGCUAAAAAGUUGAGAAAGGAGAAUAAGGCAAAAAAAAUAAUCAUUGAAAAGAAUAGUAAGGAUAGAAUCACUUUUAGAAACUUGAAAGUCGGCGAUAUAGCAUUAUUUCUGCCUACUAGAGGUCCAGUUGGCUCAAUGGCAUCUUCUAUUUCUUCCUUAAAUUCAUCAUUUUCUUCAGUUGAUCUUUCUACACCACCACCUGGAACCCAAUCCAUGUCCAAGACGGCUACAUGCAAGACUGCACGCACCAAAUCUACACCAUGGGCUGCAUUCACAGCAUCAGAACUUGGUGUAAGAUAUUUUUUAAAGGAUUCUGAUGAUUUAGUUAAAGGGAAAGAAUGGUUUGUGGGUAAAAUUAGGAACAUGGAAAAGCACACUGUGACUGAUGAAGCGCAUAAUCCAUAUAAAUUACCAGAUGGAGCCGUCUGGUAUGAAGUUGUUGCUGGGUUUCUCGAAGACAACUGA